CGACGGAGUUUAGCUAGCUGCUAGUUAGCAUCUCAAUUAGCCACUCCAGAACCCGAACAUUAACGCCCAAAACACAACAAUGAGCCGGCAUUACUAAUCGAUCACUGUGAGUCAAAAGGCUCAACAGAUGAUCACAGGUUAAUUCAACUUCUGUCAGUUCCCUGUUCUGUGGGUCACAUGAACACCAGCUCCUCUCCAUCAAACCAGUUUCACAUCAUCAGCAGGCUGCCGUCCAGAUGUCGCCGUGCAUGACGUCACACUGCUGCCUGCUGGUCCUCCCAGUGAUGUCGCUGCUGCUGCUCUUUUCUCCGUUCAGCUGGAGCUAUGACGGCCUGACGCCCGGAUGUCACCUCCACCCCUUCAACGUGACCAUCCGCAGUGACCGCCGGGGAACCUGCAAAGGAACCCACCUGGUCUACGCCUGCGUGGGCUACUGCGAGUCCAGCGCCUUUCCAUCCAGGUACUCCGUGCUGGUGGCCUCCAACUUCACCCACAACAUCACGUCUGCGUCACGAUGCUGCACCAUCAGCAAGGAUGCCAAGGUCAAAGUGCGUCUGGACUGCCCUCGAGGUCGACACCACGACGAAAUCGAGAUCCUGACGGCGAAGGCGUGUCGCUGCGACAUGUGCCGCAGGUCCCGCUACUGACCCGUCAAGACCCACUGCAUACCAACGUAUACCGGACCAGAACCAAACAGUUUAGUCAGCGAGCAUCUUAGUGGCUGAAAUACAAGACUUGCAGCGAUGCACCAGUAACUUUCCUUCUGUCUGUGACAGCCUCCACUUUAAUUUAUUUACUGGGAAAACAAUAAGUUACUGUCAAAACCAGGUUUCCUUCUUCAGGUGAGGUUCAACCAGGUGACAUGGAUCAGUGUGACCUUCAGAUCAAAAUGAGAAACACACUUUUUAAUGUUCAUAAAGAUGUUUGUGUGUGUGUUGGCUGUUUCUCUGUGUGUGUUGUUAACAGGUGAUGUGAGGGAGGUUGUUUAGACACACAGGUGUGUUAGAGGCUGUUUCACGUUCUGUCAUCACACUUCCUGUCUUUGCUUUGAGGCUCUGCAGACACUCGACUCUCUUCGUAGCAACACAUGAUUAAAACAGUCACAGGUGAAAGUAUGCACACACCUCAGGAUUCAAAUGUCAUCAAACUCAAAAACACUGAUGUCUUUUUGGAAUUUGUCAUAAAUGAAUGAGCGCACCACAUUUACAUCAGUGACAUCGUGUCUUCAUUGGAUUAAACAGAACAGUCAGUAUGUGGACCAACAACACAAAGCUCAUCUGUACAAGUAGUUUCAUUAUUCACAAUAACCACUAAACAGACAUGAGACCAAAGAAUGUACACAAUUUUAUUUAUAUUUAUGAAUUUGAACUAAAGGACAUGUUUGUAAAUAAUAUCUAUUGAUGAAACCAAAGAAUGUUGGAAAUGUUGAUGAGCUGAGAGGCGACAGAAUGCACUGUACAGUUUGUGACGAGACUGUAUUUCAAUAAAUCUCUUUUCUGCAGCUGAA